AUGGCUCUCUACAGCUUUGUUUACGUCUACAGGAAAAAUUUUGUACGGUCGGAUCACAUUAUGAAACUCCGUGGUUUGAAUUCACAUGAUACCACGAAGAACCAAACAUUCAUAUUUCAAUUGAUUACUGAUGACGCUUGGAGCAACCAGCAAAAUGCAAUGGUCACUGUACAGUCUUUAUUGGAGAGAUCUCUCCACUCUUCAAACGUCCAGUUUGAUGAAGCACCGAGAAUUCUUAUCUUGCAAUUACCACGAUAUGGCAAGGAAAAAUUAUUUUGCAUUGUCGCUCCUGAACAGGAGCUGGACGUCACUCAUUUGAUAUACAAUAGUAGGGUUACCUUCUGCGCGGAAUGCUUCAAGCUAUUUCAUGAGAGGCGGAAUUUUGACCACUCAAGUAGUGAAAUCAAGUACACAAAAGGUCUAGCUUAUUCUUCGCAGAAAUCUUUGAGGAAGCAUACGUUGCAGUUGAGUGCAGUAUUGAGCAUAGAAACUUCUCAUUAUGUUACUUUCGCUCGAAUUCCUCAUGCAGAUAAAUGGCUCUUGCAAAGUUGUGUGAAAGCGUGUCGCAGUGGUUAA